AUAAUAUUCUUUGGAAAUAUGACUUCUACUGAGACUAAAAAGGAAGAAUUCAGAAAGUACCUCGAGAAAGCUGGAGUCAUCGACCAGCUCACCAGAGUUCUCGUUGGUCUGUACGAAGAACCUGAGAAGCCCAACAAUGCAGUCGAGUUCAUCAAGAGCUGUCUAGGUGCACCCUCCGACACAGAUGUUGAGAAGUUGAAGCAGGAGAACGAAGAGUUGAAGGGGAAGGUCGGAGACCUAGAGAAGAAGGUGGAAGAGUUACAGCAAGAGCUGGAAAAUGAAAGGGCCAACAACUAAACCUCAAUAGCAGUUAGUACAGACCGUAAUAGGUUAACGUUAACUCCUGGAUUACUAGCUAUUUCUCUAAUA